CAAAUCAAAUCAAAUCAAAUUAAACAGAUUGAAAAUUAAUCCCCCUUUUGGCUACUAUUCCUUCCUGAAACUACACUCUUCAACUCAAUCCAUUUAUAUUUCUACUCAAAUCCCUCAAAAUUUACCUCAAUUCAUUUCAUUCAAUGUAAAAUCUCAGAAAAAUUCCAACAAAUAUGAUGAACACCAAAUUUUCUGCAUCGAAAAACCACAGUAAAUCAGAGAAAAAGGUGAAAAAUCCGAGUCCAAGGAGUCCAUUGAAGGUGAAAAAUAUCAACAUUUCAUCUUCUUGUUCAUCUUCAUUUUCAUCUGCAACUUCGAUUUCCAGUGAAGCAGCAGCAGGAGCUACAAAGGGUUGCCUCAGGUUCUUUCUAUCUAAUAACUCUUCUACUGUUGCUAAAAAUGCUAAUAAUAGAAAACCCAAAUCUUUAAUUGCUACUAAAACCCCCAAAUCGACGCCUACUGUAAAGCUUUUGAGGGGUAAAUUGAGUGAAAAUGGUGGAAGUUUGGUGAAAGAUUGUAAUAAUCUGCGAAACCCAGAAAAACCCAUUUCUGGAAGUGUUCGUAGGUUGAAGAAAAACCCUCCUACUCCUUGUUUGUAUUCUUGGAAAUCUGGGAAAAAAUCCAGUUCAAGAUCUGAUCUUUCUGCUGUUUCUGGUGUUAAAUUGUGUGAAAAUGGUAUUGAUAUAACUCCUGUGAGUAAAAUUGGGCGUGGGUCUGAUUUAGGUGGAAAGGAACCAGGUUGUAUUGAUUCAAUCAGCCCUAUUCCGCCUAUUCAGCCUUCGGUUUCACCGGAGAUACACGGCGGUUCAACAUCAGUGGUGAAAGCGACACCCACUACUUGUUAUGCUGCUGGUCAUGUUCUUUCUGGUGUUAGUGAUAAGAGGAAAUGUAGGCCUAGAGGAUUGCUUACAAUUGGGGAUAAUGACUUGUUUGGGUCUAGCAAAACUAAGGUGUUUGGGGGUGAUGAUGAGGGUGUCAUUGUAGGUUUUAACAAGCCUAGGGUUUCUCUAGUUCCUUGUCCAGCCGAGGCUUCGAUGCAGUGGAUAUUAUCUCCUUGUGAUGAGAGGAGCGAGGACAAAAAUGAUGAUCAUGGUACAAGUGGUGUGAGAUUGAAUGAGUGUGAUAUGGUGAUGUCUCCAAAUUCAAUUGGUUGCCAGUCUUCACCUUUGUCGAGUCUUGGAUUUUCAUCGGAGUUGUGCAAUAAGAGCAAUUGUACAAUGACAACUAGUGAAGCCACCACAAUAUCUCAUAGUAGUAGAAGUAGAAGUAGAAGUAGAAGUAGAAGCUCUGAUUUUCGAGGUAUCCUUGGGCCUUCAUUUGAUCAUAUGGUGUGUAGUCCUUCUGUUUGUAUGCCAAGUUCUAAGGUUGAAGACAAAUGUUGGCAUGAUUAUGAAAGAGAAGCUACCCCAUGUUCUGAAAAUUCAAUAGGAAGUGGAAAUGUUAUUCAAACCCCACAAUCUGAUUCGAGUUCAGAAAGCUUUGGUUUGUCCCAUUUGAGUAGGGACGAGAUAUCUAGAAUAUGGUUUGAAAGUGAACUUGAUUCAGUGUCUGAAGUUCUCAGAAGAGUGAGCUUGUCUCCAGAAUGUGAUAUGCCAAUGGUGGAUUCACCAAGGAUAAGCUUUGAGUUUAAUCCGCUGAUAAGACCAGAUAAUUCAAUCGACGUUGCCAAUUUUCGAAAAGCCAUGGAUAGUCCAACUUCUCCUGGGAUUCCUGAAGCAUUGCUCCGUAGUUUUCACGAGUCUGAAGUAAGGAUAUCGUGGAGAGAAGGAUUAUCUAGUCGUAUAUUUGAUAUGGAUGAGUUAGAUUGCUGUAGAUGCUUCUCUGAUGAAGAAGAUGAUGCUAAUAAAUGCAAUGAUCCAAUUGAAUCAUGUUCACCCCCAGAGGUCGCAGAUACUGAUUCCAAUAAAAUUAUGGACAAUGCAUGUGACCUUACUACGUUAGUUCAUAAUGAAGACAGCAUCAGUCAAGAGAAUGCAGAAAGGUCCCCUUCUAAGGGGACGACUAGUCCAUGUCCUGAGUCAAGCAAUGGUGGUGGAAGUUCGGAUCAUGUGGAAAAAGACUCUAGCUGGAAUGUAUGCUUUGAGAAUCAUUUGUUUCAAGUAUGACUGUUGCUGUAUUGCAUCCUCUAAUCUGUCUACUUUGCUCUAAGUUUCCACUUCCCAUUCUACAAGAUGUUUAAAUUGAAUUUGGAGCUUGUUUGAAGCAAUGUAAAAUGCUUGAUUGUUUUCUGCUUUAGCUGGAGAUUUCUACUGUUAGGUAUUAUGGAAAACUAGAUAAUGUAGCAAUUGAAGGGUCAGUCCUGCUUUAGCUGGAAAUGGUGAUAUUAGCUUUGUAGUUAUGUACUUGAAGAUAGUUCCGGGGCGUGUGGUGCUAGAGUCUGGUACUGGUAGUUGCUCUCAUACGACUUCACUUGCUAGGGCUGUGGCACCGACAAGUCAUUUCCAUACAUUUGAUUUUCAUGAGCAGGGCUUUUUCAGCUAGAGUUACCCCAACAUUUGCUUGUGUUCCCGUUAGCUGGAAAGAUAUUGAAACCAGAUGGGAUUUUGUGCUCAUUCUCACCUUGCAUCGAGCAAGAACGACUGUCAUGUGAAACGCGUAGAUGUAAGGACAUUUGAGGUACUACUUCGAAGUUCGAACAUAUGGAAUCAAAGAAGCAAGAGCUGAACUUGGAAAGGAACCACCUCUCAAGAAAAAGACAACAUUUCAGUGAAAAAGGCAAUGCAGCAUAGGCAUCUGCUGCCACAACAGUCAUGGCAAAGCCCUGCAGUGAAACAAGAGGCCACACAGGUUAUUUGACAUUUGCAAGACUGAAAAUGCCUUUCGAAAGGUCCAAGUGGGUGGCCAUGUUUGUUUAUUGUGGGAUAUUGAAUUUUCAUAUGGCGGGCUUACUUCUGAUGGACACCGGAAAUUUGAAAAACUUGAUGUGCAUUCAUCAAGGGCUUCCCCUAGCAAAAUCAUGCACGGAUGUCCGAAUUGAUUGUUGAGGAAGUAAUAAAGUGUCGCAGUGUCCAUAGUGAUGUCGGAGAGUUAAUCUGACAUGGGUAUUUCAGAUGAAAUGAAGAGUCAGUGCAACAAACACGCUGGUGAAAGAACGGAAAAAGACAUUUUCACCCUCGUUGGGCACAAUUUUGUGCCUUUGUCAAAAGUUAAGAUACUAAUGAUCUAGUUGCAAAAUCACUCUAGUGAUAAAGUCCGAGGGGUUGUAUACAAUAGGUUAUAAGUUCAAAUUCCGCCUUCCUCCAUUUGUAAUUUAUAAUUGUUUUUUACCUCAUCCACGAAAAAAAAAGUAAUACACCAAAAGUUCAAAAUGCAAUAUUGUUGAGAGGUCAAUUAUGUAUUUUAGCACUUUGUAGUACUACUUUGAUGUUUCUUCUGAGAGAGGACUUGAGCAUAUUUUGAGCACCCUGAUACUGACAAUUUGUCCUGUUAAAGAAUGUCCACUUUG